AUGAGUCUUAAGAUGAAGGGGAAGAAGUACACUGAUUUGGAUUUUGUGCCUACCAUCAGUGACAGUGAGGAGGAUGUUCCUGAUUUGGACAGCGAUGAGGAGAAGCCUAAGCCUGAGACGAAGGGCAAGAAGAAGAACAAGUCUGUGGAUGAGGAGAGUGCUGACAUGAACAGUGGGUUUCGGUUCAACACUGAUGAUGGCGAGAUCAACACCAAUUUUGACGGGUGGGAGUUUUUAGGUGACGAGAAGGAUGAGGAGAAGAAGGAUGUUGAUCUGGACAAGAUUAUCAGGAAGAAAGGUGGUCUAAUUGGUAUGGCUCAUGUAGACGAAGCUGAGAAGAGUGAGAGUGAAGAGUCUGAGAGUGAUGAUGAAGACCUGGCUAUGGAUGGGUUUGGUAUGGGUGCCCAAGAGCAACCUGAAGGUGAAGAGGAGGACGAGGAUGCAUCAAACAGUGAACAAGAGAGCAAUGACGAAGAAGAAGACGACGACGAGGAAACAUACGAUGUCGGUGAUGCCGGUGAUGCCGAGGAGAAAGUUGAAGAAGACACAGCUGAAGAGAUGCAAGCUUUCUAUGCGCCUGAAAGCGAAAGUGAAAACGCAAAGAAGGAGGUGCAUAAGACAUUCAAUGAUCUAGCGUUGUCGAGACCCGUUAUGAAGGGUUUGAGCAACCUAGGAUACGUCAAACCAUCGCCAAUUCAAAGUGCCACCAUCCCAAUUGCAUUACUAGGUAAGGAUAUCAUUGCAGGUGCCGUCACAGGUUCCGGUAAGACUGCAGCAUUCAUGAUUCCAAUUAUCGAACGUCUACUGUACAAGCCAGCUAAGGUUGCUUCCACGAGAGUUAUUGUAUUAACACCUACCCGUGAAUUGGCUAUUCAAGUUGCAGAUGUAGGUAAAAAAAUUGGUCAAUUUGUCAGUAAUCUAACAUUCGGUCUGGCUGUUGGUGGUUUGAAUUUGAGACAACAAGAGCAAAUGCUGAAGACUAGGCCAGAUAUAGUCAUUGCUACUCCUGGUAGAUUUAUCGAUCAUAUCAGGAACUCCGCAAGUUUUAAUGUAGACUCUGUGGAAGUUCUAGUCAUUGAUGAAGCUGAUAGAAUGCUAGAAGAUGGUUUCCAAGAUGAAUUGAAUGAAAUUAUGUCCUUGCUACCUAGUAAGAGACAGACUCUACUAUUCUCAGCCACUAUGAACUCAAGAAUCAAGCAAUUGAUAUCUUUGUCAUUGAAGAGACCAGUGAGAAUAAUGAUCGAUCCUCCGAAGCAAGCUGCCACUAAACUUACUCAAGAGUUUGUUCGUAUCCGUAAAAGAGAUCACUUAAAACCUUCAUUACUGUUCAAUUUAAUAAGAAAGCUGGAUCCAAAUGGCCAGAAAAGAAUUGUGGUGUUUGUUGCCAGAAAAGAUAUGGCUCACAAACUGAGAAUCAUACUGGGUCUAUUAGGUAUGGCUGUUGCUGAGCUUCAUGGUUCGCUAACACAAGAACAACGUCUAGACUCUGUGAAUAAGUUUAAAUCCUUACAAGUCCCAGUGUUGAUCUGUACCGAUUUGGCUUCCAGAGGUCUAGAUAUUCCAAAGAUUGAAGUUGUCAUCAAUUAUGACAUGCCAAAGAGUUACGAAAUUUAUUUGCAUAGAGUUGGUAGAACUGCCAGAGCUGGUAGAGAAGGUCGUUCCAUUACUUUUGUUGGUGAAGCAUCAGCAGAAAGAAGUAUAGUAAAGGAUGCCAUUAGAGGUGUCAAUGAUAGUGAGAUACCUGGUAGUAAAGCUGUGGGUAGAAAUGUCGAUUGGAACCAAGUAGAAGAGACAAACAAGAUAGUAGAGAACAUGGACCAGACAGUCCAAGAUAUUCUAGUAGAGGAAAAGGAAGAGAAGGAAAUUCUCCGGGCUGAGAUGGAGUUGAAGAAAGGUGAAAACCUUCUGAAACAUAAGGAUGAAAUCCAAUCUAGGCCGAAGAGAACUUGGUUCCAAUCCGAAAAGGAGAAGAAGAACUCCAAGAUCAUGGGAGCUCUUUCAAAGACCAAGAAAGAAGUCAAUAGUAAAAAGAGGAAGCGUAACGAAGCAAUGGAAGACGGUCAUAAGAGAUCAUAUAAGAAAACUCAAUCUGACCGUACUGCUGAUCAAGAGAGAACUAUGAAGAAGCAGGCAAAGGCCAAUGGUAAAAAGAAAGGUAAGUCAAAGGGUAAGAGAUAA